UUUUUUUUUUAAAAACCAAAGCAAAGAAUUCCUACAGUCUCCUCUCUAGCUUCAUUCAUGUGCUGCUGAGCUGAGGAGCUGAAGAUGAAGUGCAGGCUGUCUCUGGCGGCGGCUGCCCUCCUGGCACUGCUGCUGUCCUCCGCUCAGGCCCAGAAACCAGUCAACCCUCCAUCAGAUUUGAGGUUUAAGAUUUUAAAUGAGAACACAGUGCAAAUGAUCUGGAGCAGACCACAGUCAAGGAUACAGGGCUACAGAAUACAAGUGACCUCAGACACAGAUGAACCAACAAAAGAAUUUACUCUUCCUGCAUCUGCAACUAAGACCUCCAUCUCAGACCUGACUCCGAAUGUGGAUUAUUCUGUAACGAUAUCUGCAUACGCCGGAUCAGAGGAGAGUCUACCCAUCACCGGCCAGAUCACACUUGAGUCAGGUGGCAGACCAUCCAAGAAGCCAGACCCUACAGAUUCAGUCAAAUGCUCUGUGAGCGCUGUCGCCGAUGUGGUGUUUUUGGUGGAUGGCUCCUGGAGCGUGGGCAGGCCGAACUUCAAAUAUAUCCGCAACUUCAUCUCGGCGGUGGCCGGAGCCUUUCAGAUCGGAGCGGACAAAACCCGCGUGGGGGUGUUUCAGUACAGCGACACCCCCAGACCAGAGUUCAACCUGAACGAACACCUGACACGACCGGCGCUGCUGCGGGCCAUCAGCACACUGCCAUACAAAGGAGGAAACACCAUGACAGGCGAUGCCCUCAACUACAUCCUGAAAAACGCUUUCACCGAGGCGGCCGGCGCCAGGAUGGGUUUUCCCAAAGUGCUGGUGAUCGUCACAGAUGGCACAUCUGAGGAUCCAGUGGAGAGUUACGCCAAGCAGCUCAGGAGCACAGGGGUGGAGAUCUUUGUCCUCGGUGUCAAAGAGGCAGACGAACCUGAGAUGAAGCUGAUAGCCACCGCUCCUUACGGAAAUCACAUCUUUAAUGUCGCCAACUUCGACUUGAUCAAGAAUGUGCAGAGAGAGUUCAUUACUCAGGUGUGCGCUGGUGUUGAAGAUCAACUCAGCUCACUCGUCAGCGGAGAGGAAGUCAUUGAGCCAGCCUCUAACCUCCAAGUCCUGGAGGUGUCCUCGAAGUCCUUACGCGUCGUCUGGGACCCCUCCAUCGGGGACAUCUCCGGGUAUAAGGUGCAGAUGAAUCCCAUGAUGGCUGGCAGCAAGCGGCAGGAGCUGUACGUGGGCUCGUCUCAGACCUCUGUGGUGGUCAGAGACCUUUCUCCAGACACCCAGUACCAGAUCAGUCUGUUCGCUCUGAAGGGCCUGGCACCCAGUGAGCCCGUCAUGGUCAUGGAGAAGACGCAGCCGGUUAAAGUGUCACUGGAAUGUUCUCUUGGCGUGGAUGUUCAAGCCGACGUUGUCCUGCUGGUUGACGGCUCCUACAGCAUCGGUCUGGCCAACUUUGCUAAAGUGAGAGCUUUCCUGGAGGUGCUGGUGAACACCUUCGACAUCGGGCGAGAUAAGGUUCAGAUCAGCUUGGUCCAGUACAGCAGGGACCCCCACACCGAGUUCUACCUGAACUCUCACCAUGACCUGGCCGCUGUGGUCAAGGCUGUGAGGACUUUCCCCUACAGAGGUGGCUCCACCAACACCGGCAGGGCCAUGACCUACGUGAGGGAGAAGAUCUUCCAGAACAGCAGGGGAGCACGAGCCAACGUUCCCCGCGUUACCAUCCUCAUCACUGACGGGAAGUCGUCCGACGCUUUCCAGGAACCGGCCACCAAGCUGAGGAACGCUGAUGUGGAGAUCUUCGCGGUGGGUGUUAAGGAUGCCGUACGAUCUGAGCUGGAGGCCAUUGCCAAUACGCCUGCAGAGACCCACGUGUACACUGUGGAGGACUUCGACGCCUUCCAGAGAAUUUCCAAAGAACUCACUCAGUCUAUCUGCCUGAGAAUCGAGCAAGAGCUGCGCAACAUCUUACAGAGACAACUGGUGCAACCGAAGGGCCUGUCCUUCUCAGACGUCGGCGCCAAGAGCUUCAGGGCCUCGUGGGAGAUCGACGCCAACAACGUCGAGUCCUAUUUGGUCAAGUUCAAGCCGGAGGAUGAUGCCGACGGCCAUUAUGUUUCCAUAUCUGUGCCCGGGGACACACUCACCACCCUCAUCCCCUACCUCAACCCGCUCACCCGCUACGAAGUCAACAUUUUCGCUCAUUAUGAGAAAGGGCAGAGCUUGCCUGUGCAAGGCUUUGAGACCACUUCAGAAGAACAAGGCCCGGUGCGUAACCUGAGAGUAUCUGAAGAGACAACAGACAGCUUCAGAGUAACGUGGCAGCCAGCUCCAGGAAGCGUCAUUCGCUACCACCUGACCUAUGAGCCCGUUGGGGACGAGAGCUCGAGGCUGGAGACGACCACCGAUGGCCCAGAAACAACGAUUGUGCUCCGGCAGCUUCGGCCCCAAACCACCUACCGUGUCACCGUCACUCCUGAGUACCAGUCCGGCCCCGGAGCGCCACAGCAGACCGACGGCACCACCAAAGAAGACGUGGGCCCUCCUAAAAACCUGGUCACCAGCGACGUGACCGACACCAGCUUUACCGCAUCGUGGACGGCGGCGCCCGGAAACCCCAGGACGUACGUCGUUCGGUGGAAGUCGUUGUUUUCCGAGGAAGCGGGACAGAAAAGCGUACCAGGAGACACCACCAGCACCGUGUUGGAUGGCCUGACUCCGGAGACGCUCUACCAGGUUUCUGUGGUCGCCGACUACGGUUACAAAGCCAGCGAACCGCUCACUGGACAGGAAACCACCGAUGCCUCUGCCGCCGGUAAAAGCCUAACCGUGUCAGACGAGACGGAGCGAACCAUGAAGGUCGCAUGGAUGCCGGCGCCGGGCAAGGUGCUCAACUACAGGCUGAAGUAUGUCCCAAGUAAUGGCGGAGGCAAGGAAGUGGCCCUGAAAAUCCCCGGGACGGCCACUUCCACCGUCAUGAAGCGCCUGCAGCCCAUGACCACUUACGACAUCGCCGUUCACCCCAUCUACAAGCGCGGGGAAGGAAAAGCAAGGCAAGGAGUAGGAACGACACUGUCGCCCUACAAGCCUCCCAGGAACCUCCAGACCUCAGAGGCCACCAAGAACAGUUUCAGAGUCACCUGGAAAGCAGCGCCCGGACCGGUUAAGGCCUACAAAGUGACCUUUCACCCCACCGGGAAUGAUAUCGAACUCGGGGAGCUGCUCGUGGGUCCCUAUGAUAACACAGUGGUUCUAGAGGAACUCAAGGCAGGAACAAAGUACUCGGUGGCCGUGUUUGGGAUGUUUGAUGGAGGGGAGAGUUUGCCCCUGGCAGGAGAGGAGAAGACGACCCUCUCCGACGCUCCUGAGCCUCCUCCUAUCGCCCCCCCUGACACUCAGUGUAAGACCACAGCGAAGGCCGACAUCGUGCUGCUGGUCGACGGCUCCUGGAGCAUCGGACGCAUCAACUUCAAAACCAUUCGCAACUUCAUCGCCCGCAUGGUCAGCGUCUUCGACAUCAGCCCUGACAGGGUCCAGAUCGGUCUGGCUCAGUACAGCGGAGACCCAAAGACCGAGUGGCAUCUGAACGCCCACCCCACCAGGGCGUCCCUGCUGGACGCCGUCAACAACCUCCCGUACAAAGGAGGAAACACCAUGACAGGAAUGGCUCUGAACUACAUCCUGCAGAACAACUUCAAACCCAAUGUGGGUCUGCGAGAUGACGCCCGCAAAAUUGGCGUCCUGAUCACUGACGGAAAGUCCCAGGACGAAAUCAUCAUCAACUCCCAGAACCUGAAGGACAGCGGCAUCGAGCUCUACGCUAUCGGUGUGAAGAAUGCCGAUGAGAACGAGCUGAGGACCAUCGCCUCCGAGCCCGACGACAUUCACAUGUACAACGUCAACGACUUCCAGUUCCUGCUGGACAUCGUCGACGACCUCACCAUCAACCUGUGUAACAGCGUCAAGGGUCCAGGAGUUGAAAUGGGUCCGCCCAACAACCUGGUGACCUCGGAGGUGACCCACCGCUCCUUCCGUGCCACCUGGACGGCGCCCAGCAGCCCCGUGGACAAGUAUCGCGUCACUUACGUGCCGGUGGCCGGAGGAUCCACCGAGGAGCUGCUGGUCGACGGGACGGUGACCACUGUGGUGCUGGAGAACCUGAACCCUCUGACCGAGUACCUGGUCAACGUUUACUCCUUGGUCGGCGAGGCGAGCAGCGAGCCUCUGAAGGGCACCGAGACCACCUUGCCGCUGUCUGCCGUGAGGAACAUGAACGUUUAUGACGAGACCUUAAGCACCAUGAGGGUGAGAUGGGAGGAGGCGGACGGCGCCACGGGCUACAUGCUGCUGUACAAGGCCAUCAACGCCACCGAGCCCCAGCUGGAGAAAGAGGUGCGAGUUGGCGGAGACGUAACGAGCGUGCAGCUGGUGCAGCUGAUACCCAACACGGCGUACUCCAUCACACUGUACGCCCUGCACGGAGAAGCGGCCAGCGACCCCCUGGAGGGGACGGGAGUCACCUUGCCCAUGCCUCCUUCUGGAGCCCUGAGAAUCACCGACGUCACUCACAGCACCAUGAGGCUCAACUGGGACGCAUCUCCCGGACCCGUCCGCAAGUACAUGAUCACCUACAAACCGGAGGGCGGAGACGUCAAAGAUGUUGAAGUCAGCGGUGACAUCACCACCCUGGACCUGACCAACCUCAUCUCCCAGACCGAGUACGAUGUGGCCGUCACCCCGAUCUACGACGAGGGACCUGGAACCCCGAUGCUGGGAACCGCUAUCACAGAUGUUGUUCCGGCCCCCAAGAACCUGCAGUUCUCCGAGGUCACCCAGACCUCGUUCAGGGCCACCUGGGAUCACGGGGCCCCGGACGUGGCCCUCUACCGCAUCGGCUGGACCAAGAAGGGGGAGACCAACUUCCAGUUUGCCAUCCUGAAUAGCGACGAGACCUCCCACGUUCUGGAGAACUUGGACCCUGACACCGAGUACGCUGUCACCGUCACGGCCAUCUACCCGGACGAGUCGGAGAGCGAGGACCUGAUGGGAAGCGAGCGCACUCAAUGUGUCUGUGUGCUGCCAGUGCCUCCGCCACCGCCAAAAAACCUGAGGGUUUUCAACGCCACCAUCUACACGCUGACGGCGAAGUGGGACGCCGCCCCCGGCCCCGUGCAGAACUACAAGAUCACCUACAGUCCCACAGCUGGAGGCGAGCCCAUCUCGACGCAGGUUGGCGGGAAGAAGACCAGCCUCAUCCUGCAGAAGCUCCAGCCCGACACGCCGUACACCGUCUCUGUGGCGGCCGUGUAUCCCACCGGCAUCAGCUCAGACAUCUCCGCGGAUGGAAGAACCAAACCUCUGGGCGGAGUGAGGAAUCUGCAGGUGCUGAACCCGACCAUGACCACCCUGAACGUGCGCUGGGAGCCCGCCGAGGGCCGAGUGAAGGAAUACAAGAUCACUUACGUCCCUGCCGCCGGAGGAGCCGAGAGCAUGGUAGGACUGGAAACAGUGACACCAGGUACCACCACCACCAUCCUGCGGGGCCUGCAGCCCGACACCCUCUACACCGUCUCCCUGGUCCCGGUCUACGCUGAGGGAGAGGGAAAGACGAUGUCUGAAAAUGGAAAGACAAGGCCACUGGGAGGCGUGAAGAACCUGAGGGUGACCAACCCCACCAUGACCUCUCUGACGGUGGACUGGGACCCGGCCGAUGGCGCCGUUCGCCUCUACAAGGUCUUCUUUGUGCCUGUCGCCGGAGGCCGAGAGGAGAUGGAGCAAGUUCCCGCAGGCACCACCAACACCAUCCUCAGGAACCUGAUGCCCGACACGCUGUACACGGUGUCGGUGUUACCGGUUUACCCGGCCAGGGAGGGAAAACGCCAGUCUGAGAACGGAAAGACAUUGCCUUUGGGCGGAGUGGGCAACAUGAAGGUGACCAACCCGACCAUCACCACUCUCACGGUCACCUGGAAUCCCGCCGAUGGAAACGUUCAGGGCUACAAAGUGAUCUACGCUCCUGUCGAUGGAGGACUGGAGAUUGUGGAGCAAGUGUCGGAGAGCACCACCACCACCGUCCUGGACAAGCUUCUGCCGGACACCCGCUACACCGUCACCGUGGUGCCCGUCUACGCAGAGGGAGACGGACCCAGCCUGUCCGACAGCGGCAAGACGAAGCCGCUGGGUUUUGUGAGAAACCUGCAGGUUACUGAUCCCACCACCAGCACCCUGAACGUCCGCUGGGAGCCCGCCGAGGGGAGCGUACGCGAAUACAUCGUGAUCUGGGUGCCAGCGGCCGGAGGAGACCAGGAUGUGGAUCAGGUGUCAGGAACCACCACCGCCACCGUCCUGAAGAACCUGGAUCCGGACACCGAGUACACCGUCACAGUGGUGCCCGUCUACCACGAGAUGGAGGGCAAAUCGCAGUCUGAAAACGGGAAAACGAAUCCUCUGGGUGGAGUGAAGAACCUGAAGGUGACCGACCCGACCAUCAACACCCUGACGGUGCGCUGGGAUCCCGCGGUCGGCAACGUGCGCAGCUACAAAGUCUCCUACACCGCCGAGCCGGGAGGAGAGGAACGAACGGAGGAGGUGUCGGGCGGCACCACCAACACCGUCCUCAGGAACCUGGACCCCGACACCGUCUACAACGUGGCUGUUGUUCCCGUCUACCCGGACGUGGAGGGCAUACGGCAGGCUGAGAAGGGAAAGACAAAGCCUCUGGGCGGAGUGAAGAAUCUUCAGGUGACCGACCCCACCACCAACUCCCUGAGGGUCCGCUGGGAGCCGGCCGACGGCGACGUCCGGCAGUACCACAUCGUCUACGUCCCCGCCACCGGAGGAACCGAGAGCAUGACUCAGGUGUCCGGGAUGUCGACGAACACGGUUCUGAGAGACCUGCAGCCGGACACAGAGUACAAAGUGACGCUGGUGCCUAUCUACUCCGACGUGGAGGGGAAACGCGUGUCGGAGAACGGAAAGACGAAGGCUCUAGGCGGAGUGAAGAAUCUGCAGGUCACCGAUCCCACCACCAGCUCCCUCAAGGUGCGCUGGGACCCGGCGGAGGGCAACGUCCGUCAGUACCGCAUCUUCUACGUCCCCGCGUCCGGCGGCGCUGAGGACAUGGAGCAGGUGUCAGGCGGCACCACCAACACCGUACUGAGGAACCUGCUGUCGGACACUCCCUACACCGUGACCGUGGUUCCGGUUUACCCGGAGGGAGAAGGUCUGCGCCAGUCCGACGACGGAAAGACACUCCCACGCACGCCACCCAGGAACAUCCAGGUGUACAACCCCACCCCCAACAGCCUGAAUGUGCGCUGGGAGCCCGCCACAGGCCAGGUUCAGCAGUACCGGGUGACUUAUUCCCCCCUGACCGGAACCAGACCCGCGGAGUCGGUCCUGGUGUCAGGAAACAUCAACAACGCCUUCCUGGACAACCUGAUCCCGGAUACGCCCUACACCAUCAGUGUCGCAGCCCUGUACGCCGACGGAGAGGGACGGCCGGUGACGGGCAGCGACAAAACACUGCCCCGUGCCGGUCCCCGGAACAUGCGAGUGUUCGAUGCCACCACCAGCACCCUCACCAUGAACUGGGACCACGCAGAGGGACCUGUGAGGCAGUACAGGAUCGGCUACGCCCCCAUGACCGGAGACCCCAUCACUGAGUUUACCGUGGUUCCUGGAAACAGAAACAACGCCAUGCUGCAGAACCUGGUCCCCGACACCCCAUACAACAUCACCGUGGAGGCCAUCUACGCCGAGGGGCCUGGAGGGUUACUCAAUGGAAACGGACGCACAGUCGGCCUGCUGAGUCCCAGAAACCUUCGCGUCUCGGACGAGUGGUACACCCGGUUCAGGGUGGCCUGGGACCCGGUGGGGGCUCCUGUCCAGGGUUACAGACUGAUCUACUCUCCUGAAGGCACAGACCAGCCCAUCGAUAUCUUCGUGGGCGACGUGACCUCCUACACUCUGCACAACCUGCAGCCUGGAACCACCUACGAUGUCAAAGUGAUUGCUCAGUACACCGGCGGCAUGAGCACGCCGCUCGACGGACAGGGAACAACACUCUACCUGAACGUGACCAACAUCGAGACCUACAACGUUGGUCACGACAAGUUCUGCAUCAAAUGGACUCCUCACAGGGCGGCGACGUCAUACCGCAUCAAACUCAACCCUCAGGACCCCUCCAGUAAAGGACAACAUGAGAUCACCAUCCCCGCCGGCCUGCCUCAGUACUGCUUUGACGGACUUUCUCCCGACGCUCUGUACACCGCCACCGUCUUCGUUCAGACCCCAAACCUGGAGGGACCAGGGGUCAGCGCCAAGGAGAGAACAUUGGUGAAGCCGACUCCGGUUCCAACGCUCCCGCCAACCCCGACACCUCCACCCACCAUCCCCCCCGCGUGGGCAGUUUGCAAAGGUGCCAAAGCAGAUGUGGUGUUCCUCAUCGACGGCUCCUGGAGCAUCGGCGAGGAGAGCUUCAACAAAGUCGUUAACUUCGUCUUCGGCAUGAUCGGCGCCUUUGAUGUCAUCGGACCCUCCGGGAUGCAGGUGUCGUUCGUGCAGUACAGCGAUGACGCAAAGACAGAGUUCAGGCUGAACGCGUACCAAGACAAAGGUGUCGCCAUGUCUGCACUUCAUCACAUUCGCUACAGAGGAGGAAACACCAAGACAGGAGUGGCUCUGAAACACACCUACGACAAGGCCUUUUCAAUGGAAAAUGGAAUGAGAAGAAACGUCCCCAAGGUUGUCGUGGCGAUCACAGACGGACGCUCUCAGGACGAGGUGAAGAAGAACGCCGCCAAGCUUCAGCACGCAGGUUACAGCGUUUUUUCCAUCGGUGUUGCCGACGUGGAUUUCGUGGAGCUGCAGUCGAUCGGCAGCAAACCCAGCGAGAGGCACGUCUUCGUCGUGGACGACUUUGAUGCUUUCGACACCAUCAAAGAAAACCUGAUCACCUUCAUCUGCGAAACCGCAACAUCAUCCUGUCCUUUGAUUUUCCUGAACGGAUUCACUUCACCUGGCUUCAGGAUGCUCGAGGCGUUCAACCUGACAGAGAAGACCUACAGUUACAUCAAAGGCGUCUCCAUGGAGCCGGGCUCCUUCAACAGCUACACAGCGUACAGACUCCACAAGAACGCCUUCCUCUCUCAGCCCACAACAGAGAUCCACCCUGACGGCCUUCCCCACGCCUACACCAUCAUCCUCAUGUUCCGCCUCCUCCCCGACUCGCCCACCGAGGCCUUCGACAUCUGGCAGGUGUCGAGCAAUGACCACAAGCCAGAGACCGGACUCACUAUCGACCCCUCCAGCCAGACCGUGUCCUUCUACAACAAAGACGAGCGCGGCGAGAUCCAGAGGGUGACGUUCGACAGCGCUCAAGUGAAGAGGAUGUUCCACGGGAGCUUCCACAAGCUCCAUAUCCUGGUCUCAUCCACCAGCGUCAAACUCAACAUCGACUGCCAAGAAGUGGCUGAGAAGGAGAUCAAGGCCGCUGGAAACACGUCCAGCGAUGGCUACCAGGUUCUGGGCAAGAUGUCCAAGUCCAUCGGCUCCAAAGGAGAAUCAGCAACUUUCCAGCUCCAGAUGUUCGAUAUUGUCUGCAGCUUGGGCUGGACCAGCAGAGACAGAUGCUGUGACCUCCCCUCCAUGAGAGAUGAGCUGAAGUGUCCGUCUCUCCCCAACUCCUGUACCUGCACCUCAGAGGCCAACGGGCUCCCAGGGACUCAGGGUCCAGUGGGUGCCCCCGGCAGCAAAGGUCCCCGAGGUGAGAGAGGAGAGGCUGGUCCUGUCGGACCACUCGGCCCGCGGGGAGAUCUCGGACCACCUGGGCCCAUGGGUCUGCCCGGCCCUCAAGGACCCAGCGGGAUGUCGAUUCCAGGAGAGGCUGGCCGCCCUGGACCAAAGGGAGACCCCGGUGACUCGGGCUUACCUGGACAAAAAGGCUCACCUGGUCCUCCCGGUGCCGUCGGCCCGAUCGGACCAGCUGGAGUGAGAGGCCCUCAAGGAAAGGAAGGACCGGCUGGACCCAGAGGCCCCGCAGGGCCCAUGGGACCUCCAGGAUCUCCAGGAAUACCAGGUGCUGCAGGAAAACCAGGAAAGCCCGGAGACUCCGGUCCUUCUGGUGCUAUCGGCCCCAAGGGAGACAAGGGAGAGAGAGGCGACUUCGCUCCUCAGAACAUGAUGCGGUCCAUUGCCAGACAAGUUUGUGAGCAGCUGGUAAACGCACAAAUGACUCGAGUCAACACGUUACUGAACCAGAUCCCCAACGGCAUGCACCGCAACAAUCACCCAGGACCUCCGGGGCCUCCCGGACCUUCUGGCAGGCAGGGACCCCGCGGAGAGCCAGGCGCCACGGGAAGGAACGGCUUCCCAGGAAGUCCAGGUUUACCUGGGCAGCAGGGAGAGAGAGGUCCUGCAGGAGAGAAAGGCGACCGAGGAGUGUCAGGAGUUGGACAGAAGGGACCCAGAGGGCCACAGGACCCCCCCCCCCCCCCUGGAGAAAGCAGGACAGGACCCCCAGGCCCUUCAGGCUCUGCCGGACCUCGCGGCCCCCCCGGACGUCCAGGAUACGCCGGAGUGCGUGGACCUCCCGGCCCUCCCGGAUACUGCGACUCUUCUCAGUGCGUCGGUAUUCCUUACAACGGGCAAGGAUACGUAGGCCAGUACCCUCCUGAACCCGACACCCGAGUAGACCCAGAGCCCGAGGAGGAUGAGGUGUCGCAAUACCAGCGUCGAAAGAGAUCACUAUCAAGAAAGGCGUCCAACAGGCUAACAUCAUAAGACAAGCCAUGUUCUCUUUUCUUCUUUCUUUUCCUUUGUUCAACCUGUGUUUGUUGUUGGAAUGAUGCACAUUACACACAGAAACUAAACAAAAAAAAAAAACGGGGUUUGACACCUCGACUUUAUUGGAAAAUACCUUUAAAUGCCUUAAAACGUAUGUGAAUAUUCAUUUUUGUGGCAGGUGAAGGGUUUGGAUG